AUGAUCAUUAAUCUAGUGUUGGCCGCGUUUCUGGUGCUUGUUCAACCACUCGUUGGCGCGCAUGGAGGAUUGGCAAACUACACAGUCGGAGACGUAUGGUACAGAGGGUAUGAUCCCAACGAGCCGGCGGCCGAGCAGCAGGGCCAGUCAUGGAUGGUCCAACGGAUCUGGGCUAGCAUCGAUCCCAUCUUCCACGUGAAUGACACGGGGUUGGCUUGUAACACGCCUGGCACUACAGCCAACUCGUACAUUCCGAUCGCGGCAGGCGACAACCUGACGGCAGUAUACUGGUACUGGUUGCACCCGGUCGGCCCCAUGUCGAUCUGGCUGGCUGACUGUAGCCCGUUCGGCAAGUGCGAGCAUGCAGACCCGAACAAGCUCGAGUUCUUCAAGAUCGCCGAGGAGGGCCUGUUGAAUGGCACAGUGACAGAGGGCAUGUGGUUCCAAAAGGCAUUCCAGCACUGGGACGGAACUCCGGAUCUCUGGCCUGUGCGGAUCCCGGAAACGAUUAAGCCGGGGCUUUACGUUGUACGGCAUGAGAUCCUAAGCCUGCAUAUUGAAAAUAAACCGCAGUUCUAUCCGGAAUGUGCGCACCUGAACAUCAGCGGGACAGGCUCGGCAGUUCCCCCGAAAGAUUACCGUGUAAAGUUCCCGGGUGCAUACCGGGACGACGAUCCGAGCAUCAAUAUUGACAUCUACACGGAUGAGAUGAGAGAGACAACAAACUAUACAAUACCUGGGCCGCCGGUUUGGGAUGGUCUCAUGAAUAAGUACUGUGCUGACUGCUAG